GUGAUCCAACUUUGCUUUCAGGAUGCUGGGCAGGCAGCAGUGAUGCAAUCAAUACUGAGCGAGGUGGGGAGGAGCCCCUUCUGCAGCAGCAGCAGCACCACCCCGCCCUCCCACGAGGCGAGGAGGAGCAGCUCCUGAAGCAGCAGCAGCAGCACCUCACCCUCCACCCUCACACUCCACUACUGGCAGUCACUCUCCACGCUCAGGAUGCAGGUCACAGUGACUCGGAGGUGAGGUCAGGCCAGGAUGACCCCCGAGUCUUAGGGUCCUCAUCACAGUCUUCCACUUCCCAGCAGUAUUUGCAGUCGUCUUCCCUCGGUGGCAGCAGUGUGGAUGUUAGCGGGGCGUUGUGGAGCGACGACAACAACACUCCUGAACGACAACCAUUUCACCUCUCAGAGCUUCUAUCGUCGUCCUCAGCGCAACAAGUUUCCCUGUGGCCCGACCCUCCGCAUCCGCCGCCGCCGACAUCAGCUACAGGAACGUCAUCGUCCCUCCCUCCAGUACGCGGCUCCGACACCCCUUCCUCAGGAGAUCUCGCUCCACGAACCUUCAGCCACAACACACACAAGACUGAGCAACGACAAGAUGUACCUUUCACUGGGAACAGGAACCACCGUCGGUUGCUGCAAAAGAGCCCCAGAAUCCAUAGAGUCAACAGGACUCCCAGGAUCAACAGGAAACAUCUCCAGGCAUUUACUUUCGGCGGAAUGCCCUUGAAUGCGAGAUAUCUAAAGACGAAUAUCCAAAUUGACAGAGGCAAACUUUCCCCUCGUAAAAGAUUAAAAGAAUUCGCGGAGGAAAGAGAGAGCAGCGUUAUAGAUCAAGAAAAUGGCGUGAAGGAAGAGAGUGAAGAAUAUCAACAUGAUGGUUCACAGACCUUUCCUUCAAGCCAGGAGGAGUCAGGUGUCUCUGAAUUAUUACCUGCAAAAAGAAACGUCACGAGUCAACAAGCUCACGAACAUUCAAAGGAAAUUCGACAUGAGAAAUUGACACGAGAUUUUCCGGCUCAGUUAACGAAACAGGAAGAGUCAACAGAGAGGUUCUCUAAGGAGAACAAGUUAAGAGAGGUGAACGAAGGAGCAAGAAGAGACAGCAACGGUGAAAUAACGAACACGGUAAACAGAGGUGUCGAGAGUUUGGCAGAUAGUUCCAGGGACCCGAGUCUGAACGAGACAGCUUCAGACAGGCCUCAGAAGGUCAACUUAGACACCCUGGAGAUGGAACUGUCUGAGAAGGAGGAAGAAGCAGCGAGUGACCUCCUGCUGGCCAUCUCCAUCCUGCAGCAUCACCUGGUCCCUGACACGUCGCCUCCGAGACGCGAGGCUCACGCACACAACGCCUUGUCCCAGGCACUGGUCGAUCACUCCAGGUUCUCUGACAGCUCUGAACCUCGCCGAGCUUACCACAUGCCGCACAACGCUCAAGAAAAUAGCAAAAAAUUUAAUAUUGAGAUAUUUGAUACACUGUCUCCUGGCUCGGACGAAGUUGUGGGUGAAGUAGAGCUGAUGGAAGCCAACAGUGUUCAUCACACGACCAACCUGCAAGAAGAAGCUGAUCUGAGGGAGCGUGCAGGUUCCCGUUAUCGCUGGUUCGUUCUCGUCCUUGUCGGCAACUGCUCCGUCAUCAAGCCACGGAUGACCACCUUCGUCACGUUCCUGAAAGCAGCGCUGUCGGCGAAGCUCUCUAUCGACUACAAUGACGUGUUCGUACCAUCGGUGUUUUGUGACAACACCUUUAUGGUGAAUAUCAGCCUCAAUGCACUUAAGUACCCGCAGGUGGAGGUAAGGCUGAGGAAACUAGCCGAAGCCAACACCACCCUCCUGGAGAUCUCAGAAGAAAUAUUCUACCUGGAGAAGAUCCUGACUAAGAGAUCUGACGAAGAGGAGCCGAACUUCCAGACGAUCAUCAAGAAGCCUGAUGACGUGGAGCUAGUCAUCUACAUCGCUGUUGGGUGCAUGUGUGUCUUUAUCCUGCUGUCGGUGGUGAUCGUCAUGCUGAUCCGCUUGUGUAGGCAGGAUGGGGAUACCUUAGACCUCGGCAAGCCUCACCCCCACCAGAUAAUCCCUCGCUCCCUCGACUUCCCCAUCAGGAGGCCUAACGUCAUCUACUCCCACAGGUUCAGCCAGGCGUUGAUCCCUGGUAAGUGUGGGCGUCGUGGGCUGGAGGAAGGUCAGACGAGCGUGGUGGUGGGCGGUGGUGGGCGUGGAUCACUCAUCAGGUACGAACCAGAGGUGUGUGUGGAGGGUGGUGAGGGCGGGCAAGAUGGCGGAGUGGGCGGCCAGGUGGUGGGAGUGGGCGGCCAGGAGGUGUACACAAUGUCCGCCCUUGUGGACGACCCCUUCAGUGACCGUCGCACUUUGGUCCCCACCCGCAGGAGGACCAGACAUAUCCCCGGGGAGGACGUCAUCCUGGAGGAGGAGGACCUAGCCGAGGAGGAAGAAGAAGAGGAGGAUGAAGAAGAGGAGGAAGAUGAAGAAGAGGAGGAAGAGGAAGAGGUGGAGGAGGAGAGGAGGGGGGCAAGGAGAGGCAGGAGGAAGAGAGGAGUUGAUAUUCCUGAUGAUGAGGUGCUACUGGAGGAGGACAUGGAGGGAGAGAGUGAAGGAACUCGGGAUCACACAGCUCAGACACUAAGGGCUGUCUCCUCCAGGAGCAGUACCAAGGCUACCCUGGUGCCCGAGGAAGGCAGAGGAAGACGAGGAGGGGGCGCAGGUGUGGUGGGCAGGGGCGUGUGUGGGGCAGGGGGCAGGGGCAGGAGCAGGGUAGGACGAGGAACUAGCCAGGUAGUGGUGGUAUCAGGUAUUGACAAUCCCUGCUAUACUAGAUGAUGAGGCUUCCCCUGCCUCGCCUCACCCCACACUCCUCCCUCACACUUCUAGCUCCUCUCUCUCUCUCUCUCUCUCUCUCUCUCUCUCUCUCUCUCUCUCUCUCUCCACAACAUAA